GGUAACAAGUCUUCAGCACGACGACACAUUGGACCAAUACCCAAAAAUGAGCGCUGUUCGUCUGAUGUAGGGAUUGGGUAUUGACCCUUGAUGGAUACUAUGCCAGAUCAAGUCAACUCGAAAAAAGGUUUGUAGUGUCCAAUGGAAGAGAAUAAGCGCAAAACAAAUCGUGAAAAAUGUGAGACUUAUUCCUCAUAUAAAAAGAAAUAUCAAUUUUUUGGUAAAGCACGAACAAAUUCAACUGAUUCAUUCGUAAUCGAUGAUGAAUAUUUAAUUAUCAAAGACACACAACAAAAAUCAUCUGUAAAAAAUAAUGUACGAGUUCACAAUUCAUCAAAAAAUAAUGAUAAAUUAACGAAAAAAAAUUUAUCAAUAAAAAUUACAAAAACUAGCAGUAGUAAAUCAAGAAAAAGUUCCAGUACAAGUAGCCACAAGCUAAGUAGCAGCCACAAAACUUCGACCCAAGUAGUACAACAACAGCAACAUUUAAUAAGCGAACAUAGUCGAACUAGUAGUGGAAGGCGAAAAUCAACAAAACGUACGCCACAAUUAAAAUUAAAAACAUUAGAAAUUAUUUUAAAAGAUUUGUGUAACGAAAAAAAUUUACAGGAUUUUUUAAAGAAAAAUUCGAUAGCAAAAUUAGGUAGUGAUAGUUUUAAAUUGUUAAAAAAUUUAAAACAAAAGAGAAAAGUUUUAAUUGAACAAAAAAAAGUAGUUAACGUUAAUCAAAAUCAAAAAGUAAAUAAAUUAGUGAUAAAAAAAUCUACAUUACCACAGACUCAAUCAAAUAUAAUAAAUAAUUCAACAAAAAAGAGUAAAAAAAGUAGUACUGCACCGCCAGCGGUGACACCUAGUAUUAGUUCAGUGAAACCAAUAAAAGAAAAUUAUUCUAAAGAAUUAAAACUUUUAUUAGAUACAAAUUUAUCAAUCGGUGUUGAAAAUUCAUCACGAAGAACCUCUGCUUCAUCGCGUAAUCAAUUUCCCGAAAAACAAAAACAACCGUCUAAUCUAAAGUCGAAUAAACAAACACAGCAGCCAAUUUUGCCACCAAAGCCGCCAGUAGUUCCAAAAGUAAUUUUAAAGACUAAACCAGUAUUUAAGAAACCACAAAUAUUAUCACCAAAAUUAAUAACAAAAGGCCUUACUAGAAAACAAGUUAAAUUUGACGAACAACAAUUUGUACGAUUUCAAUGCAAACAUUUAAAUUUAACAUUGUCGAAAAUUGAUAAAAUUUACAAAAUGGAUGUUGCUGCUGGUGAAAAGACUGUGAAUAUAAACCAAGAACAACAAAAGGCUCGUUCCCCUUCACCGCCAAAGCCGAGAAUUAAAGUAAAACCGAUCGAGCAAUUAAAAAGUGAUAAAUAUAAAUUAAAAAUUAAAAUGAAACCUUCGGGGGGAAGUUCUAGUUCCAAUAAAAAAGAAAAAGUGACGCCGGAAAACGUAGAAGGUAAUCAAUCGAUCUCAUCGCGAUUAACUGUUCCAAAUUCUAAAGAAUCUAGUAAAUCUGAAUCGAAUCGCAACAAAGACGAAAAAUCAAAACAUACAACUUCAAAGGAUCAUAGUAAAUCUUCGAAGGAACAUAGUAAAUCUUCAAGAGAACAUAGUAAAUCUUCAAGGGAACAUAGUAAAUCAUCAAAGGAACAUAGUAAAUCUUCAAAAGAACAUAGCAAAUCUUCAAAGGAUUAUAAUAAAUCUACAAGUGAGUCUAGUAAAUCUACAAGUGAGUCUAGUAAAUCUUCAAGAGACCAUAAUAAAUCUUCAAAAGUACAUAGCAAAUCAUCAAAAGUUUCACAUCAAAAACCUUCAGAAGAAAUUUCACUUCACAUACCUCCACAUUUACAACAUAAGCCUUCAAAUCUGUUACAAGAUUCGCUGGGAUUGCUAACACCGCUUCGCAUUGAGGAAUCUAGUCCAGGUAGUUUAUUAGUUCCCAUGAAAUCAGUGAAAGUAAAACCACCAUCAUCGUCUUCAAAGAAAAAACCUUUGCCACCAUUUCUUACAAACACUAAAUCUUCUUCAAAGAGUAAGCUCGUCUUUGAAGGCUCAUCUUCGAAAAGUAAGCACUCAUCUUCUCCUCCGAAGAAAGAUAAAUUGCAUGUAUCUUCGUCAAAGUCAAAAGUCGAUAAUCAAUCUAAAAGUACACGUGAACAACAAAAUAUGAAGCGUCGUCUACGAAACGCGGUUAGUUUGGGAGAAACACCUUCACCAUCUAAGGAUGGAAGUAAAUCUAGCUCAAAAAAGAAUAAAUCUGAGUCGAAUGAUGAAUUUUGGUCACCAUUUGAAUAUGUGGAAGUGAAAUCAAUGAAAGCUCCACCAACAUUUAUUGAAGAAGUAUUACCACUGUCCACAAUUGUACCUCAGCCACCCCAGGAAGUGGUUGCUCCUCCGCCAGUUCCAAUACCUCCAGCAGUCCAAAUUCCAGCUGCAGUUCAGAUUCCAGCUCCAAAUGAUUUAAUACUUGAAAGUGCAGUACCAAAUAUAAUGGUUGAAGUACAACCGCUGCAUGAAAUUAUACAAACAAUUGGAACAACUGCAACAGGAGGACGAACUAAUGCGAAUGCUAAACGUAAAAUUAAAUAUCCAACUAAUCGAGACAUCAAACGUGUUCGAUUUUGUGAUGCAAUUGAAGUUUGUAAUACAGGAAAUAAGAAAAAACGUUCGAGAAAUCGAGGUAAUUUAACUCCUGCACAGAUAGCGGCGAAUACUAUUAUUGGCGCUUCAGAAAUCAGUGGUGAAAUAGGCGAAAUACAGAUCCAAUCUGUUUGGGGAAACGCAGAUACAGUAGAACAACCAAUUCUCCCAAAUCAUGAAGAACCUGAAGAGGAUGAUUUUGUUUUAUCACCAGCUCCUCCCGAUGAUGAUUAUGACGAAGAUUCAUAUGAACCUGAAGCAAUUCCAGAACCUGUACCAGAAAGACGCUUACGUAAUGCGAAAAAAAUCAAUUACUCCGAUGAUAGUUCAUCAUUUCUUGAUGAAUUACUCGAAUCACAAAUAUUAUUUGAUGCACCACGUGGAACUAGAAGUGAAGCAUCAAAAACGAACAAACAAAAAGAGAAACAAUCACCACAAGAAGAAGAAACAGAAAAAACGGCAGUAUCGAAUGAAGAAGAUGUAUCAAAGGCAACGGAAACAGCUAUUGCGGAUGAAAAAAUUCCCGAAAAAACUGCAACUCCUGACGAGUCUACAACAAAAGACGAUGUUGUGGUACAAGAUUGUGCUGUCAGUUCGUCGUCAUCAAAUAAUGAAUCUUCUACGGGAGGUUCAAGUACUGUCGAACCAAUUCCAAAGUUAAAAUUAAAAAUUAAAACGCCGAAAAAGAAGAAAACCUCAGAAAAAGAUAAAGACAAAGAAAAGGAGAAAGAGAAAGACGAGAAAGGAGUUAAGAAAGAAAAGAAAAAUAAGAAAAAAGGGAAGGAAUCAGAUGAGAAGACACCGGACAAAAAACAACCUUUACCUAAAUUAAAAAUUGAAAAUAUUAAUAAAAACGGUGAAACUAAGUUGGUUAUUAAAAAAGUGACUAAUAAUAGUGAUAAUAAAAGUGAAAAUAGUGAAAAAACUGAAAGUUCAACAACAAAACCGGGCGAGAAAAUCGAACGGCCAAAAACAAAAGGUGAGCUAAAAGGUGAUGUUACACAAAAAACAAUUAAGCGUGGACCUAAACCUAAAAUUCCGCCUUCGAAUACACAAAGUAAAUUUGAUAAAUUAUUAAAUUCUCCAACAAAAUCAAUUAAAAAAGAUAGUUUUGAGAAAAAAGAAAAACCACCACCUUCGAACGCAGCCAUAAAUCCAAUUGUACCACCACCAAAACCGAAAACUCCACCUCCCCCACCGAAACCAAAAGAACCUAAAAUAGUGAAUGCAGAAACAAUAGCACAAUUUUUCGCAACAAAUAUCAAAAAGUUAUCAGAGCUAAAUAAAAAUUGUAAUUGGGGUGGAAUUUACGAACAAGCAGCGUACUAUUUUUUUGAUACAACCAUCACUUAUUAUCGCCAUUAUUUAUUUAAUUAUUGGAAAAAUAAUUGUGAUGGUAUCCAAACAAUUUUAAUACCGAAAUUACGUCCGGAUCAAUUGGAUUUAAAUAUUAACGUAGAGAACUUAUUUGAUGCUGUUGCUCCUGAAGAAGACCAUUCAAAUAGUGUAUCAUAUCAUCGUGGACCGGGUUCAGCAAAUCGUGUAGAAAAAAUUAUCAAAAAACCCCAACCUCCUCCUCCUCCAACAGUAGCAACACCUAAAGAAACGGCACCACCUAUAAAAUCGCCUGUUCCUGUUGCCCAAAAACCUGAGCAUAAAAAAUUAGGCGAAGAAGAGAAUAGUCCAAAAAUCACAUUCCAAAAUUCACCGCUUAAUUUAGCGGAUAGUAAACAAAUUGAAAAAGAUACAGCGUCUUCAACAGCAACAUCUGGGAGUGCUGUGUUACAAGUUCCUGAAGUUAAUAAAUAUUCAAAUUUAACAAAUUUCUAUAACAAUGCACCUUCUAUGUUAGCCGAAAACACAAGUACGCUUACAACACGUACUCAAGAGGAUAGCACAUCUACUCCAAACAUUGUUGUACCACAAUACGUGAAAAGUGCUCCUCAACCAAUUAUGCCAACAAUGGCUACAAUGCCAACAAUGACUACAAUGCCAUUGCCAAAAAGUAGUCCAUAUGAAAUGAAAACUACACAAUCACUUGGUGCUUCUGAAGGUUUAAAAUUCGUUGUCACUAAUGUUGAACAUAUACAAAAAGAUUCAAGACAAAAUUACUCAUCCUAUGGGCAAAAGCAGGAAGUACAAAAAUAUGCAUCGUAUGUAAAAUCCCCUCCACCAGCGGAGCUGUCUUCUUAUGGACAAAAGCAAGAUGUACCAAAAUAUCCGUCUUACGUGAAAUCUCCUCCACCAGCGGAAUUGUCCUAUGGACAAAAGCAGGAAGUUCCAAAAUAUGCAUCUUACGUGAAAUCUCCUCCACCAGCAGAGUUAUCCUCUUAUGGACAAAAGCAGGAUGUAUUGAAGUAUGCGUCAUACGUAAAAUCCCCUCCACCAGCAGAGCUGUCACGUUCUGCUGCCAGCACUCCAAAACCGACACAAUAUUCUACAUCGACUACACCGAAACCCAACUAUUCAUCUUAUACAAAAUCAAUAGAAAGUACAAUCCAAAAGUAUGAUACUCCGCAUCAACAACAGCAACAGCAAAAAGUACAAACUCCCAGUGAACCAGCGAAAACAUACAAUAUACAACAACAAACACAGCAGCAAAGUAUUGAUUCAGUUUCACGUCCAGACCGUGCUAAAUCGAUUGAUAUGUAUUCAGAUCACCUUCAACGAAAUAUACCAUCACCAUUUUUAAAAGCAGCUCCCCAGCAGCAAGUUUCUACACAAAAUUAUUAUUCUAAUUCAAGUACUUUAGAUACGACUUCAUCUUCAGAACGUAAUCGUUUAAAUUAUUUUAAUUAUAAUCAACCACAUCAGACAACAUCACAAAGUAAUACAACUGCUUCAAGUGGCAGUGGAGGCUUACAACAGUUAGCGAAAUCUUAUGUGGCUGCAGCCGCAGCUGCAGUUGCUACGGCCGCAACACCUUCAAAAUCGAAUUUCUAUUAUGACAUGUCUAAAACAUAUACUCCCUUCCGAUCAACAGACACACCUACAACAUUAGAACAUCAAGUACAACAUCAUCACCAACAGCAACAUCGACAAUCGCCGAUUGUGAAACCGUUAGAGAAAGAAGUUAAAGACGAACGGAAUAUACCAAGUACUCAUUCAACAAUGCAAUCUCCACCUCCUUCAUCUGUUCCUACAGGAAAUACUUCUUCAGUACAGAAAGUCAAUACAGAUUAUUCUAUCAUACCUCUAUCCUCGACAAGUUCGACACCCGCUCCAGUAACUAGUGAUCGUCCUUCGAUAAUGUCGCUCGAUUUUCAACAAUCGUAUUUACUAAAUAAUUAUUACAAUUCAUAUUCCUUACAACGACAGCUUGAAAGUAGCGGUUUUUUAGGUACAACUAGUAAUUUGUUAUUACCAAGUGUAUCUGCAACGGAUAAUUUAUUUUCCACGGAGGAAGUACAACAGUAUCAGCAACAUACGACAAGUGCACAUGGAGGUAGUAAUAUAACAGGGCAAAGCACAAAUCAUCAUCAUCAGUUGUACGAUAAUUAUAUGAUAAAUUCUACUGAUAGCACGAUUUUAUUGCCACAGGAUGCUUCCUCAAUGCAAAUUCAACAACAAUCGGAUACUACAAAUACAAAUUACGCUGAUAAUUAUUCGCCGACGCUGUUAACAACCUUAAAUAAUGCAUCUACGGAUUAUCAUCAAGAUAGUAAUAGUUCGUAUUGGAGUGAGAAAAAAUCACCAGCCUCAUCAACGGCUUCCACGCCACAACCUGAUCAAAAAUCAUCCUCACAACAAAAGGACAAAGCAAAACAGUAUACUCAUGCAGGAGCUCGGGCAUUAGCAAGCCGAUACGAUGAAACGGCAAAAAACAUAUUAACCUUACAUUUAGAACACGCGCGAUUAUUUAACGCCGAUUGUAAAUUUGCAAAAAAUUAUUCAACAUAUUUAAAAGAACAGAUACGAUUAAAAUAUCCAUAUUGUCAUCCGUUAAUCGGGAACACACGCUUAAAUAAAUUAGGUUCAGCAAAAGUUUAUGUCCAUUGUAUGGAUAAAGAUUGUUUGCGCUUUAAUUGUACUCUUCAAUCGAAUAUUGUCGAUUCGGUAGGACUUACACCGGUCGAAAUUAAAGUUUACGGUGAAUUAAAUCAGGAUAAACAAAAACAAUUGUGUCGUAUGACGUCACAGCAGCAACAACAACAACAACAUAAUUUAAAUUCGGAACGUUUAAUGGUGGAAUGAAAUUAAAUGUAAAAGUGGCUUAAAUAAACAAUGUGCAAGUGAAAAUAAAAGAGGUGUGGGCUGGGAAAUUAAAGUGAUUUUUAGAAAAAGGAUUAUAAAAUAGUGUUGUGUUUAAAGUUGUGUAAUUAAGCUCCUCGAACUAUAAACUUAAUACCUACUUUUCCAGGGGCAAAACUUUUUUAAUUAAAUAAAUAACUCCCCCUCCCCCUACUAUC